CAAUAAAAAUAAAUAAAUAAUAAAUCUAAUACAACGUAAUUGAGCAAUUUGUUCUUAAGAGGGUUGGAAAUUGGCAAUGGCUUCUCAUAGUUUGAGCUUGAAUUCGUUAGUACCUCUAAAAACCCAAUUAAAAUUUCAGCCAAAAUCAAAAACUUCAAUAAAAGUAUUAUCUUUUACUUUAAUAAACAACUUGAAUAGAAAUACUUUAGCAGUUCGUACAAUGGGUUCUUCUACUUCUUCUCCAAAACCAGAUAAUGUUCAAGAGACAGGUCAGACAGACUAUUCUUCUCUGACUGAAGAAGACUGGAAAAGGCGCCUAACCCCAGAGCAGUUCUAUAUAUGUCGUAAAAAAGGCACCGAAAGGGCUUUUACAGGGGAAUACUGGAACUCAAAAACUCCCGGAACUUAUCAUUGUGUAUGCUGUGAUACUCCUUUAUUUGAAUCAUCUACAAAAUUUGACAGCGGGACUGGUUGGCCAUCCUACUAUGCAGCUGUUGGAAACAAUGUUAAGACAAAGUUGGAUUUGUCAAUCAUCUUCAUGCCCCGAGAGGAAGAUUUAUGCGCAGCCUGUGGUGCUCACCUCGGACAUGUGUUUAAUGAUGGUCCUCCACCAACAGGAAAGCGUCACUGCAUCAACAGUGCUGCACUGAAGCUUAAACCGAAGAACUCCUCCGAAUGAGGCAUUGUGUACAUAUGCUGUGUAUAACUCUACGCUGUUGGAUUUGAAUCAAGUACUUGUACAUCUUUAUAGAUUUAAGAGAAUGGUGAAAUAUGAUUUGUAAAGUAAUCCGUAACAAUGUGAUUUCCCAUAGUUUUGUGAAAUUGUUGUAAUGCUCUCAA